AUGCCUCCGCCAGGCAACGAGUAUGCCGCCGAGCAGCUUAAAAAUGCGGGAAACAAGUGCUUCAAGAAUGGCGACUACGAUGGAGCUGAGGGGUUAUACUCGCAGGCGAUACAGAAGAACUCGGCGAACCCUCUGUUGUUUACGAAUCGUGCAAAUGCGAGGCUGAAGUUGGAGAAAUGGGAGGGCGUUAUUGAUGAUUGUAUACGAAGUAUUGAAUUACUGAAGGAUAAUAUGAAGGCCUUCUUCUAUCUUGCACAGGCCCAACUAGCAAUUAACCACCCCAAUGAGGCCCUUUCCUCGGCGCUUAUGGCCUACGAAUUGUGCACCACCUCGGCGCAGCAAACCUCUAACGCUGCCACAAUAUCCGCCCUUGUACUCAAAUGCAAGAAAGCAAAAUGGGACAUACGCGAGCGAGAACGCAUACGGCGGCGCGGAGACCUUCUUUCAGAUCUCGAGGCCAUGCUGGAAACACAGUAUAAGAAGGAUAUGGAUGAUAUAGAAGCGCGCAUAGAGUCGGGCGAGACGAGUAGAUCAGACGGCCAAGAAGAGAAGACAGAAAGAGAAUCCGAGUUCAAAAAGAAGCGCGACGACCUUCGUACAGCCUUUGCCAUUUCAGACCCCGAACACCAGCAGAAGCGCGAAGUGCCAGACUACCUUGUCGACGGUAUUACCUUUGAGAUCAUGCAUGACCCGGUCGUCACCAAGAACGGUCGAUCUUAUGAGCGUGCGACACUGAUCGAGCACCUGAAGCGCAGUCCAACGGACCCUCUGACGAGGGAAACACUCACCAUCAACGACCUGCGACCAAACAUUGCACUCAAAGAGGCCUGCGAGGAGUUCAUGACCGCUAAUAGUGGGUGGGUGUAUGAGUGUGAGAACGACGAGGCGGACACAGAUGCGAAAUGGGCGCAUCUAUCUUCAAUAUGA